AUGGCGGACAGGUUUCCUUCUCUCGAAGACAUCGACGCAGGUCAAACAGACGUUCGUGACGGCAAUGCCUCGGGAGGUGGUGACUUUCUUGCAAGAGAAAGAGCAGCUCUAGGUGAAGAUGCAGAUCUCUUCUCCUCAGAAAACGACACAAGACAAACCACAGUCGAAGACGGUGACGACGAUCUGCUAGGAGGAGAUUUCUCUGGCGGUGCUCCGCAGACAUCAGCUGGCCAGGGUGACGACUUGGACACCUUUGAGUCUUCAUUCCCUGCUAUGGACAAUACAAACGAUAACAUCGGACCAGGCGGUACAAUUACAGGAUCAAACCUGCCCUAUCACCCUCCCACGACUUCCUACACGUCAGGCUACGCUGCGCCCUCACAAACCGAAGAAUCUGAGCCUAUUCGAGCUUGGCGAGAAAGACGUGAUGCAGAUAUCGCGCGACGUGACGAGGCAUCCGCUCACAAAAAGGAGGAGACUGUAAACACAGCCCGCAAGGACAUUGAUUCGUUCUACGAGUCAUACAACCGCAAGGUUGAUCGACAGAAGACCCAGACUGCCAAAGAGGCUGAAGAAUUCCUGGCCAAACGUGAGGAUACGACCUCCGGUGGCACUUCUUGGGAACGUAUUGCCAAACUGGCUGAUCUCAGUGGAAAGGGCCAUUCAGCUGGUGCUCAGGGCAGCAGCAAGCAGAAGAUGAGGGAGUUGCUGUUAGAUCUAUCUAAAGACCCGAAUGCGCCUGGGGCAACUGGAGUUUAG